AAACCCCGGAAGAUGGCGGCGGCUGCGGCGGCGCGCUCCUGACUGAAACUUUUCUGCGAGCAGAAGUGGUCCGGCGCGGUGCCCGUCCCUGAGGGCCUCCCGGGCACCCGGCCACCGCCCCACCCCCCUCCGCGCCAUGGAUCCCGAGCUGGCGGCCCAGAAGCAGCCCCAACCGCGGAGGCGAAGCCGCCGGGCUUCCGAGCUCUGCGCGGGCGGCGCCGCGGGGCCUUCGCCGGACAACCCCCGCCCGGAGCCUGCCGGCAGAUACUCCCUUCGGAGAGAUAGCUCUUUCACAUUUUUAACACCUGGCCCACAUUGGGACUUCACUUUGAAAAGAAAACGAAGAGCGAAAGAUGAUGAUGUUGUAAGCCUUAGCAGCCUUGAUCUGAAGGAGCCAAGCAAUAAAAGAGUUCGACCUCUAGCUCGGGUCACAUCCUUGGCAAAUUUAAUCUCUCCUGUAAGAAAUGGAGCAGUCAGACGUUUUGGUCAAACAAUACAGUCCUUUACCCUUCGUGGUGACAACAGAUCCCCAGCUUCUGCCCAGAAGUCAUCGAGCAGAUCAUCAGUGUCCACACCUGCUAAACGGAGAAGCAGUGUACUGUGGUCAGAGAUGUUAGACGUCAACAUGAAGGAGUCUUUAACUACCAAAGAAAUCAAACGGCAGGAGGCAAUAUAUGAAAUGUCUCGAGGCGAACAGGAUUUAAUUGAGGAUCUCAAGCUUGCAAGAAAGGCCUACCAUGACCCCAUGUUAAAGUUGUCUAUUAUGUCAGAAGAGGAACUAACACAAAUAUUUGGUGAUUUGGACGCUUACAUACCUCUGCAUGAAGCUUUGUUGGCAAGAAUAGGAGAAGCAACCAAGCCCGAUGGGACAGUAGAGCAGAUUGGUCACAUUCUUGUGAACUGGUUGCCAGGCCUGAAUGCCUACAAAGGCUACUGUAGUAACCAGCUGGCAGCCAAAGCUCUUCUUGAUCAAAAGAAACAGGAUCCAAGAGUCCAAGACUUCCUUCAGCGAUGUCUUGAGUCUCCCUUCAGUCGCAAACUAGAUCUUUGGAGCUUCCUAGAUAUUCCUCGAAGUCGCUUAGUCAAGUAUCCUUUACUGUUAAAAGAAAUUCUUAGGCACACUCCAAAAGACCACCCUGAUGUUCAGCUUCUCGAGGAAGCUAUAUUGAUAAUACAAGGAGUUCUCUCUGAUAUCAACUUGAAGAAAGGUGAAUCCGAAUGCCAGUAUUAUAUUGACAAACUGGAAUAUUUGGAUGAAAAGCAGAAGGACCCUAGAAUUGAAGCAAGCAAAGUGCUGCUUUGUCAUGGGGAACUGAAAAACAAAAACGGACAUAAACUUUACGUUUUCCUGUUUCAAGACAUCUUGGUUUUGACCCGGCCUGUGACACGAAAUGAGCGCCACUCUUACCAGGUUUACCGGCAACCAAUUCCCGUCCAAGAACUGGUCUUGGAAGACCUGCAGGAUGGAGACGUGAGAAUGGGAGGGUCCUUUCGCGGGGCUUUCAGCAACUCAGAUAAAGCUAAGAAUAUCUUUAGAGUUCGCUUCCGAGAUCCCUCUCCAGGCCAGUCUCACACUCUACAAGCCAAUGAUGUCUUCCACAAGCAGCAGUGGUUCAAUUGUAUUCGAACAGCCAUUGCCCCCUUCCAGCAGGCCACUGGUCCAGCCGAGUUGCAGGGUCUGCUAGAGCUGCGUGAGGAGUGUGCAGAGAACAGCCCCUCUGCCGGGAAUGUCAGGGCCCAGAGAAGGGCGUCCACGCUGUCGAGUGUGACUCAGGUUGAAGGGGAUGGAGACGCUUCAGAGUGUGGCUCCCCGGUGCACACAGCAGAUAGCAUCAAGAGUGUCAAAGCGCACCGAACACAGUCUGGCUUCCGAAAAGCAAGGGACAAAGCCAAGUUCAGUGGCAAAAGGAAAGAGACUUUGGUAUAAAGGAAGCUCUGUGUGUUAACUGGUGGAGAGACUGUUUAUUUAUAAAUGUGUAUAGUUUGUUUUUUUCUUGUAAUGUGAGCAUGGGAGCAUUGCAGGGUUACUUAAUACCAGUCUUAACAUUUUCUGUUUUUGGUUGGUUUUGGUGGUUGUUCCUAUUUUUUUUUUUUAAUGGCAGCUAAACAUAUAUAUAUAUAUACACAGAUUACUGUUAAAUUGCAAUCUUUUUUUUUUUUAGAUGUUUUCUCAGAUUAUUUAGAACAUUCAAGCCUGGUAUUUUUAUCCCAAUGAAAUGGGUUUUCUCUUCAUUCUGCAUUCGUGACUUUUCAGUACCAACCAAUUGUGAUACUUACAAUAUUUGCCAAAACUUAAAAAAAACUGGGUUUUUCCAGUGUUACUUUGAUAAGCGUUGUGUGCAAAAUUUGCAAUUUUUGACAUUGGCACCUAAAAUCUUUGUGGAAUACAUGGACUAUUUCAGAAUUUAUGUUGGAACAUAACUUCCUUGGAAAACAGCAUAAAACUUGCUAUGUUUCCCAUUUUAUCAACUGGAAUGCUUUCUGUCAGUUUGUUUUUCACUGCACAUUCCUCAUUUUUCAUUCAUUUAACCUGCCAAUUAUUUAAUUUUUUUAUUAUAGUUUUUAGUAUUUGCUUUUAUUUUUUUACUUUGAUGCCUUUUCAAAUUGGCAUGUCUUUAAAGUAUUUUUUUCCCUUGAAUAAAAAUGGGUAUGUGUUUGUGUGUGUGUGUGUGUAUGUGUAUAUAUAAACAUAUAUAUAUAUAUAUAUAUUUUAAAUCAUAGUAACUACCAAGUGAAACCAAGCCAUACUGUUUUUGAGCCAAUUAAGAAAAUUGCCAUUUUUAAAGUGUAGUAUUUCAGGAUGGUUAAACACACAUGAAAUGACUCAAUAUACUCUGGAUUACUGAAAGAAAACCACCUUAAAGAUUGUGUUGAAAGUUUUAGCGUUGCCUGAAAAGCAAGAGGGCAGAAGGAAGGCAGUUGACUGGUAAUAAGUAAGAAAAAAAAAAAAAA